AUGGCGAACAUUCUGCUCAGUGAAGCAGAGAAAACCUACAUCCUCCACGGAAUACAGAAAAACUAUCGCAACGAUGGAAGAACGAACCGUGAUUAUCGCCCGAUGGAGCUCGAAUCGGACAUCGUCGUGCAUGCUUCCGGUUCGACCCGUCUCCGGCUUGCCAACACAGACAUUUUGGUGGGUGUGAAGGCAGAAAUUGAUAAACCGCUCCCGGAUCGACCGAACGAGGGACGGAUAGAUUUCUUCAUCGAUUGUUCCGCGAACGCGACCCCCGAAUUCGAAGGGCGGGGAGGCGAACAGUUGGCCACGGAGAUAUCGAACACGCUUGCGAGAGCAUACGACUCACGGCGAGGGUUCGAUCUGUCCGGUCUCUGCAUUCUGGCGAAACAUCAGUGCUGGAGGCUUUACGUCGAUGUGCUGGUCCUGGAAUGCGGUGGCAAUCUUUUCGAUGCUGUGUCGCUAGCGGUGAAGGGUGCCCUGUACAACACCCGUGUUCCGCGAGUGUCGACGGCCAUGCUGGACGGUGGCUCGAUGGAUCUGAUCCUCACCGACGAUCCGUACGAUUGCGAGCGGUUGGAUGUGACCACGGCACCGCUUCUGGUGACGGUAUGCAAGAUUGGCGACCAGUGUGUCGUCGAUCCGUCGGCAGAGGAGGAAGAGUGCAGUGCGGUCAGUGUUGUGGUGGGUGUUUCCUGCUGUCCCGAGGGCAAACAGAACAUUACGACAGUGCGAACGUCCGGCGAUGGUUCUGUGCACAUGGACACGCUGAAAAAGUGUUUCGAUCUCGCCGUCAGUGCUGCUUCGUACCUGGACAAAGCAAUUAUCAGUGCGCUGAAGGAAGACGAAACUAGAAACUCCAAAGGGCUGGGUAAACGUGAGAUAUAUGGAUUUUUGAAAUAAA